ACUUGAAUACAACCAUUUCAUUUCCCACCACUGCUGCUUUUCUUAUUCUACGCUUUAGCAGAGAGAGAGAAAACAACCUCCAAACACUAAACGACCGAUCGACCUCUGCUUUCCUUCCAUGCCCAACUGCCCUCACCAUUCAUUUUCUAUGCUUAACUGAUCAAAGAAAUGAGAUCAAGGCUGUUUCCACUUUCCACACACUAAAUGAUGCUGGGUGACGCCGGAUUCUGGUGAUAUCUACGUCGGAGGAACGCUGUUUCUUUCUGCCAUUCAUCAGCCUUACCGUCACAUGGCUGCUCCACCUAUUAACUUGAAUUGUCCUUUGACAAAACCAAUCAAAGUUUCUGUCUACCCGCCGUUGUCUUCGGUUCUUCCCACGAAACAUGAGCAGCGGAAGGUUGGAAAUCUAGUCAUUUCAAGAGGAAACUUUUUCUGCUCUGCUGUGCAAGAGUCAUCCACCUCAACAGUUGCUGCUGACAAACCUGAGGCAAAGACAGCUGCAAAAGAAGCUCCGGCGAAGCCGAAGCCUCCAGCAAAAGCUCCGGCCAAACCUCUGCCUCAACUUAUGGAAGAGGAUGUAAUCCCGGCAUUGAAGACAAUUCUUGAAGCUCAAGAUGAUCUCUCGGAAAUUGAGCUUUUCUUUCGGGAUAACAAGUUGGAAGGUUCAUUCCUAAAGAAUGGUUUUCCCUAUUCAUUUUGGGCAUUCUUCCCAAAUGGAGUGCUCACAGGUCCAAAGGGAUUUUCUUUAUCUUCUUAUGGUUCAGGAGUGAGUACUGUCGAACCCUUUCUCAUUGAUGAGAAGAGAAUCACAGCAAAACAUGUGGUAUUUUGGGUUGAGAAGAGGCUGGCAGCCCAAGGGAUCAUUCCUGUCUGGAAGGAAUAAUCUUUAUGAACCAUUAGGCUUUGAAUUCAAUCAAAAUGAUCACAUAGAAUGCUCAUUGUCCCUACUUAUUUUUUGUUUAUUAAUAAUGCUGUAACAUUGUGAUAUUUUGUUGAUCAAGAUAUACCAGCUGAUUCAUACAUAUAUAUAAACAUUGUCUCAUCACUCGGUGAAACUUAUUCA